AUGGCCCCUAAAUACGACGCUGGCCGUGUAAAUGUGACUCGGCGAUCAUUAACGGAUGUUUGGCAUUUCUUACACACUUAUAUAACACACUCUGUCUUAUAUGUAACUAUGAAUGUGACGGAGGUAAAUAAUUUGACAGUAUUGUUUGAUGAUAUUAAUCAAGAGUUUAGAUUACAACAAUUACCAGUAGUCAUAUAUUUAAUAUUAAUAUUAUUAGUAGGUAUACCUGGUAAUAGUGCUGUUUGUUAUAUAUUCAAAUCUCAAUUAACUGAGCGAAAUACCAAAUUUUUCCUCGUAUAUCUGGCUUGUUUGGAUUUGAUAUCGUGUUGUGUGUGCGUUCCAUUCGAAUUGACGGACGUGUUACUGGCUUAUACGUUUGAUUCCGUCGCAGCCUGUAAAUUCUUCAGAUUCUUGACGACAUGGUUGCAGGGACUAUCUGGUUUGACGUUAAUAUGUGUAGCGUAUGUCAGAUAUCGGAAAAUAUUCAAACCAUUUAAAGAUCUUGAGAGGCGUAUCAGGCCUCUGUGUAUUGCAAGUGCUAUUGCAGCGUUGGUAAUGGCAGCACCAGCGUUAGUGAUAUUUGGCAGUAGAACAGUAAAAACACAUAUUCCAGAUGUAACAGGUAAAGAAUGUUCUACCAAUGAUAAUCUGUUACACAGUCCCGUUAGGAUUGUUUAUUACACCUUCUUAUUAUUUACCUUUCUAUUCAGUUUGAUUUGUUUUCUAGUAUUCUAUAUUUUAAUUGGAGUUUAUCUUAACAGAAGGAGUAAAGUCCCACUCGGCGAUGGAAUGCGUAAAUACUGUGGAAAUUUACGAUUAAUCACAUCAAGUCAAGACAGGAAAGGAAAUGGAAUUGGAAAUCAGCCAAUAUCUCCUAUUGCUAGUAAUUGUAUGUGUAUGUCAAUGCGAUCUCGGACAUCUCAGAACAAGGAGACCCAACACUUGGGUCAACUAAAAGUAAAAACUGGACGAAUGACUGUGAUAUUUUUGGCUGUGACUGUAUCAUUUGUUCUUUCAUUUCUACCUUUUCUCAUCGUCAAUAUAUUAAGAGCGUCCGAAAUAUAUUUCGUAUCAAGCGAAAACGUGCAUGAAACACUGAUCUAUAAUUUAUGUGUGAGAUCAUCGUAUGUGAACAGCGCCAUCAACCCAGUCAUAUAUAGUCUAUUGAACAGGGGAUUCAGGAAGGACUUGGCUGUUAAAAUAUUCCGUAUGAAUUUAAAGUAA